CUUAUUGAACCCAAGCAGAUAUUAAUGCACCUAACAAUUCUGUGGCAAUCCUAAUAAUGGCUAAUGCUCAAAUAUUUAAUUAGUAACGCCUUGUAUUACGCCUAUAAAUUUUCUUAGUUUCUACAAAUUUGGAAAAUGUUGAACAGUCUGCGUUAAACUGCUGGGUCGUAAUUCAUUGUUGUUCGUCUGCUGUAAUUUGUAAACUUUCAACUUUGUUGUCAUUCUACCGCCCGCGGCCGCGGUAUGCGCACGCACGUUGUCGUAUUCGCUCGUUUCCAGCAAAUCCAUAAUUAUUCUGUAAACAUUGUCGAUACUCUUCAGACAUUCAACAAGCUUCUUCAAAGUUUACCUAAGCAGCGGGCAAAUUUAGCCGACAAGUUUCGUAUAAAAUUGUAAACUCGUUCCAUGAGCUGACAUCGAUUUAACGGACUUCUAAUAAAUGCCGUUGUUUUACGAGAGUCGUGCGGGUUUCGAAGGAAAUGUGCAGUGCGAUAAUAAAAAAGUUGUGUGUUAUAUGUGAACGGAUUAAGAUUUAGAACGGAACGGACUUCAAUUCAUGUUAAUUUUUACGAACGAUAAAUUGUGAUAUCGAAAAUAGUACGUGUGCGGUCGUGCCUACGCGUUUAAAUGGGAUUACGGAAUUUGGAUUGUGUAAACCGUUCUACCGUUUGGGAAGCAGCAGAAGUUUUUAUUUUUGACGUAACCCGUGUUAAUCUUGUCCUUGGCUAGAAAUAAACCUGCACAUGCGUGAACGAAUAAUAUUAUAUAUUACAAUAUGAUGUGGCCUUCGUCUCAAGCUAGUAAAAUUCUCACAGUUUUACUCUUACUAGUCGUCGUUUACUGUAUUUUUAUGGACGCGCUUCUGUACUUACGGAUAGAAAAAUAUGGGUUGGACCAGUUUGAACAAUUAGAAAAUGACACUCAAGACUCCUCGACAUCCAAGAGUAUUUAUAGGAAUUAUGACGACGAAGUCUGGAUCCCAUGCAGCAUUAAUCCCUUGUGUCACCCGACCGUGAAGGCACUCAUGGUCGAUCACAUAAAUCACUACAUUUAUGGACCGCUAUGCUCGAUUCUGGAUAUAGCUUUAGGAAUAUCUGAUAGACUUUUAUUUUUGACACCGAACAUGAUAUCGUUCACCCAUGUUGUUAUCGCUCUCAUUGGAGCCAAACUUUUAACUUGUCAAAACUUGGCUGCUCGGCGUAUUGGAAUAAUAUUAUUUCAAAUAAGAAUGUUUUUAGAUGACCUCGACGGUCACGUGGCUAGGGAAAGAAAGCACAUUAAAGGGGAGAGAUCGGAAGUCGGGACAUUGGGGUAUUGGGUCGACGGUAUUUGUGAUUUAUUAGGGGUAAUAUGUAUGAUGGUGGGGAUCAUGUUGUAUCUUAAGAAUAAUCCCCCGAGACGUGGCUACAAAGGUACACCAGUGAGCACUUUGCCUUAUCAUCAAUUAAAGGAAAUUAACUCGAGUGAAGAUAUCGAGAAAGAUCAUACGACUGAUAUAGGAAUUUCAUACAAAACUAAAGUGUCCUUCCAGAGAAUUGUUCAGGUGAUAGGUCUAUUUUCCGGGCAGAUGCUCUUGUCUUCCCUCGCUUGGAAUAGAUAUAUUGACUUAUAUCAAAAUCUGUUGGAAAAUUGCGUUGAAUACGAUAUUGUUAGGCGAAUAACAGCCUUCAAAUCUACAAAGUUCUAUGUGGCGACGGGUAUGUGGCGGAUAGUCAACCCGCACAGUUAUCUUCAUUUGCUCUCUUUAGCAGUGUUUUGUGAUAAAACGUGGGGUUUCUUGAAAGCUGUCCACUACAGCGGUUACAUUGGCUUAGUGAUUGCUGCUGCGGCUUCAGAGUAUUUUACCGAAAAUAUAAGAUAUUUUGUCGUCAAUGGGUUAGAUGUAUGAGAAAUUAAUAGAAACUGAUUGUGAAUUUUCAACAAGCAAACGUCCAUGUGAGAUAGUAUGUAACUUGUAAGAAUGAUUAAGAGCUAUAUAUAGUAGGUAAACUAUUAUUUUUUUAAUAAUCUGUUAAACAAUCCACUUUAAAUGACCUUGACAAGUAUAAUUCGGGUAAUUAUAACAGUUUACCUCAAAUGUGUAACGCGAUUAAAAAUAAAUUAUUGUAUUAUUUUGUUAUAGUUUGGCUUUACAGUCUGUACUAUUUAUUUCUCAUGUACCCGAGCCGAAGUACAUUACUGUGACAGUUAAACCAUAGACGAUACGCAGAGACUGAUCGAGAGUUCCGACCGCUCUAGGCUAUUAAUCUGGAUUGGCCCCUUUAUUUUUUUUUUUAAUUUAAUAAUCUGUAAAAAAACCCUUUCUAUCCUACAUUAGGAAGAACUAUGGAAGUUUUUGGCGAAGUGUGGAGCGCAAGUAACUUUUUACUCUUUUAAGUCCUGUAAAAGACCUUUCGCCGCUGCAAUUCGUUACACCCAUUGUCAAAAAAUUAAUAAUAUUAUAUCCUCAUUCGGGAACAUAAAAGAAAUAUUUUUUUUAUUAAUUGCAACAAAGCCUUUGGGGUUCAGGGGUGUCGCAGAAUGAAUGGACGCAUUCCAAACACACUCCUAAAUCAGUGUGAUAUAGUUGUUCUAUUUUGGUCUUUUUACUUUGAUUUUUUUGGAGAUGGUACCUACCAUCGAUUCUUAAUCUAAUUUAAAUAAUACAAUUUGCCAUCUGUUUCCAGUUCUUAUUUCAUUUAGUAUUUUGUAUCGGUCUAGUUGAAAUUGCAGAUAUGAUGCAUAGCAUCUUCCCUAGCGAAGACGCGAUUUAAGCGCGCCCGCGACCCUCUAGACUCUAGAGUAGAUGGUCGCUCCCUAGGCUGCAGCCUAAUUAUCCUAAGGGUUAAUCAGGCCCUGACGAUACGCAUUUAUCACAAGUUAAAUUUUAUUAUUAAAAUGUGUCACUAUCAUCUCUAAGCAGAAUUAUAAUUUAGCUAUGACAAUGUAAUCACGUGACAAUUUAUAGGUAUAUUAAUUUUUAUUUAACCAUUCAACGUAUUUUUUUCUAAUUUCCCCUGGAGGUAAUAAAAUAAUCCAGUGAACGUUUUUAACACACGCAAUGUUUAUUUCGCGAAAUGCCUGUUUGACAUCUUGUUUCAAAAUAGCUAUUUUAACAAUAUUUUUGAUUAGCUUUUUGUCGACGCUUGUUAAAAGCUCUUUCUCAAGGUGAAUAUUGUGAUAUUGUGAAGUAGUAAUCCAUUGUGCCAAAACAAUGGGAAGUUUACAAGGCUAGAAUGUUGACUGAUUUUUGUAGAGGUAUCAGGUUUUUAUAUCCCGGUAUCCGAGACCGACUACCUGGUUCUAUUAAUGUGAGACAUAUUUUAUUAGUUACAUGUCCAAAAAUAAAUUAAAACAACAAAAUUAAUGUACAAAUUCUAAAAUGUAAAACUAUUUUCAUCCUUUUUAGAGAGAUUGCUGUUUGUCUAAUAAAAAGUGCCAAUCUUUGGCUGGCCUUGAUGAAGAUAGUACCCCAUUGAUAAGGGAUGAUAGUUUAUAUGUAAAACUUUUCCUAUCCUAACUUGUGAUCUAUUAAACAUGUACUUCCUAACACAUACUAUAUAUUACUAUUAUUUCUAAGAUAGCCCGAUUUUCAUAUAUAAAUUCCGCUGUUAGUUAAACAUAAUUCACAUUGAUCUUAUAUAAUGUGUUAUAAUCUGGAAUUGAAGAUAUAUUGUUAACAUAGAAUAUAUGUGUACAUAUUAUCGCGACAAUAAGAUUUUAAUUAAACGUUGUGUUAUAAAUUCGUGUUAACCUAACUUAACCUAACACGAAUAACGUUUAUAGAAAUUUAUGUAUUUAUAAUAUAUUUAAAUUAAUAAAAAGUGACCUGGAUGUGUUCUUCUAGAAAUUUGUUAUUAUUUUUAAUCUCUAAAUUUUCUGUGCGAUGUAAAAUUAUCAACCAUAAUUUAAUUGAAAUGCUCACGAUAUUAUUAAUUUAUUGAGAUAAAAGUUUUUCUAAAAGAGCAUUAGAUAGCGUCCGUCCAAAGUUCACACUUAGCAUAUUUAUGAUAAAAUUCACAGACGGUUAAAUUUAAUAAAGCUACAAAUUUCUCGAAAUUGCGUUUCGUGUUUCAUAAAUCAAAUCCAAAACAGAUUUAAGUGUUAUCAUGAACUUGCACACGUGUUCGAUUACAAGAGAUAGAUAUAUGUUGUGUAUAUAUAAUUACGAAUGUUGAUUUACCAUAAAAUCUACUGCACAUUAUACAAUCAAUUAAUGAAGCACGUAACAUCACAUUUAAUAAUUCUAACACACAGACAAAAUUAUGUUGAAAAUCAGUGGUAAUGAUGCCCGUGCCCCACCCACGCGAAAUGCUAAACAGUUAAGUCAAGUAUUAAUUUCUGUGUGUGAUGGAUUAUUUGUACUAUGUUUUAAGUGUUAAGAAUAUUAAAGCGUUAUCUGUGAUUUAUUUGUAAUAUCGAUUAUUGAAAUGCAGUUGAAUUACAGUUAUGACAUUAGCGUUUUAGAAAUCGUACUCGUUCAUACAGUGCUAGUGUUUAUUAUGUUUUAUGAAUAAGAUAAUUAAAAUAAUAGUUUUAUUGAAAUGUACCUACUGUUAUAAAAUAAAACAUUUGGUUAAUUUUUAAUAUAAAGGAAUUGAUUUUUCAGCCGAGUGUUGUCAAAUAGUAAUAAAAAAAUAAAUAAAAAUAUUUUUUAACGUC